UCGGAUUUAUAGCGCAAAUAGAUUUGCAAAGCGAAGGUAGAGUAAGGGGUUGUAUUGGCAUUCCUUCGUAAGGACCUUCAGCAUUAUCAUUGUCAUUGGAGAAGAUUAAGAGAAAAAAUACUAGUUAGGGGAGAAACUUGUAGCAUUUUAAUUACUAUUUUCUUCCUGAGGUGGUAGAAUAAGGGUGAUCACCAUAAUGGAGCAGGACAAGUACUUGCCAGAGCUGAUGGCAGAGAAAGAUAGCUUGGAUCCGUCUUUUGUUCACGCAAUCCGUCUCCUCUCUGAAGAGGCUGGUGAUGUUGCAGAGCAGCCUACAAGCAGAGACAGUGGAUACGAAGACAGCACAAGUGUUCAAGAAAUUGAAAAGUUUGAAAGCACUGAAAUAAAAAAGGAAGAUGAAGAUAAGAAGUACCUUGAUCUUAUCAGCAACAAAAAUAUAAAAUUGUCAGAAAGGGUGCUCAUCCCCGUUAAACAGUAUCCAAAGUUCAAUUUUGUUGGAAAACUACUUGGUCCAAGAGGCAACUCACUUAAGAGACUACAGGAAGAAACAUUUGCAAAAAUGUCCAUUUUGGGGAAAGGCUCAAUGAGGGACAAAGCCAAGGAAGAAGAACUAAGGAAGAGUGGGGAAGCAAAAUAUGCCCACUUGAGUGAUGAGCUCCAUGUGUUAAUUGAAGUGUUUGCUCCGCCUGGGGAGGCCUAUUCACGGAUGAGUCAUGCUUUAGAAGAAGUGAAGAAGUUUCUAGUUCCAGAUUAUAAUGAUGAAAUCCGCCAGGAGCAAUUGAGGGAGCUGUCGUAUCUGAAUGGUUCUGAUGAGUCCAGUAGAGGGAGAGGUGUUCGAGGAAGGGGGAUUCGAGGAAUUUCAGCAGCAACAGCAAGGGGCAGGGGUGGAGCAAUUCCUACACUCCCCCCAGCACGAGGAGUAGCAACACUGAGGGGAACUCCAGUGAAACGUGGUGCUUUGCCAGUACCACCAGUAGCCAGAGGUGUGCCUGCCCCCCGUGCACGAGGAGCUCUGGCAGCACCAGGGUAUCGGGCACUUCCACGUCUUCCAGCACCGGAUGCAUAUGAUGACUAUGGAUAUGAAGACAAUGGAUAUGGGGGCGAAUAUGAUGAUGAGACUUAUGACACAUAUGACAACAGUUAUACCGUCCAAACACACAGGGCACAUGACUAUUAUGAGUACGAGCAAGGAACGAGUGAAGAGGCCUAUGACAGUUACGAACCUGGUGAAUGGGCAACAGCACGACCCACACUGAAAGCACCACCUCCACGAUCAUCGAGAGGCAAUUACAGAGAUCACCCCUAUGGUAGAUAUUGAAUGUCAUCCUCUACUAUGACUUCCUGAUACAGACAGUCUUAACCCGUGGUCUCCACAAACGCUGCAACAAGACAAGUAAUAGUCCAUAAACUUUCUACCCUAGGGAGUACUGCUGUUGGGUGGCAUUUAUUCUUCUUAUGUUUCCUGAAACACUGGUCUAAAAGUGAAAUUAAUAAUAUUUUAUAUCACGGACUUAAUGCUAUGGCAGGCAAUUUCCACAGACUUUAAAAAGAUGCUGUUUUCUUUCAUUGUUAUAUGUAUCAGGAAAAAGCAUGAAACUGUCACAGAUCUCAAGUCCUUCAUAUAUCAGCUGAAAUUCAGUUCUUCUUUGAAGAUGAUAAAUAUUGUGACAUUAUUACUGAAUGGAAGGGGAAAUAAAAUGUAAAAAAUACAUGUUUUAUUUUAGCAUAUUUUAGAUAGCUAAGAUGUCCAAUAUUAAGUUUUGUAAAGUCAUUUUAAUGUUGUUUAAUGGGGUUGAAACAAUCAGGUAUGUAUGUAGCUAAGUGAGAAUGUUCAGUGUUUAAUCUGUAUUUGUUUUAAAAAUUACUUAACAGACCAUGUGCAAGAUUCUCUAAAUAGGAAAACAUAAUUUGUCUAAUCUGUCUGCCAUAAUUUGUCAAUAAAGCUGAACUUUUUUUGUAAAAAACUAAAUUCUGAA